AAUACUUCCAUUUCUAAGACUUGCGAUAUGUACUUGUUGACAUUCACACAUUGGAAAGCCACCUGUUGUUCGUUUGAAGUGAAUUAUAUCUUUUGAGUCUAUGAACUUUGAUUAUUGGUAUUGUGUGGAGUUAUGUGGGAGUGGUCGUGAUUGUGGUUUGUGAUAUUUACAUCGAGUAAGUGAAAAAUUUUAAUGGCGUACUGCAUCUCAGGAUUUAAAAGUUUAAUAUCUUAAGUUCAGUGGCGAAGUGACUCGUUUCGGAUGUGUUAAGUUUACUGGUGCGAUAAGCUGCCUACUAGAUGCUGAUGAACUACCAGUGAUAUCUCUUUUUUGAAAAAUGAGCCUCAAUUUCUCAAAGCUUUUUUCUUCAAAGAAACGUCAGGACAUUCAACAAGUGCCAUCACAGAUAGGAUUACCAACAAAUGUGAAGCAUGAUUAUCAUGUGACACGUAAUGCACAUACUGGAGAAUUAGAGGGUUUACCAGAGUCUUGGAUUAGGCUUCUGAAUGCACAGAUAACCAAAGAAGAACAAGAUGUUAAUCCCAGAGCUGCAGUACAGGCACUAAAAUACUACAAUUAUUCAAUAAAAAAGAAGCCAACAGAACCAUUCAAACCACUUAUCACAGCAGAGCAGAUAGAAGAGGAAUCGGCAGAAAUAGAAAAUAUCUUAGGGCCUAAAGUGUUAGCAGGAAGAAAUAUCCCCACAUGGGGUGAAGAUGGGUCCCCUCAAGUGAAACAAAAGCUAGCACCUCCAGUUCCACCAGCAAAACCUUCGGGAUACAAAGCAGGAGGAAAAGUGAACCAGGAAGCACUGGUUAACCAUGUACAACAAGCAUUAGAUGAAGCUCUAAAUUUGGCAGUUGUUGGAGAUACUACAGGCCUGAAAAAGCAUCAGGAAGAGGAAACAUGUGGCAGUCCAUUGCUGAGGAAAAAAGAACGAAGCACAGAGAAGUUGACAGAUGACCAAAUAUAUGAAGAAUUGAGAAGACUAUGUCACCCUGGUGAUCCAUGUAGAAGAUUUGAUCGAAGCAAGGAACUAGGAGCAGGUGCUUCUGGUACUGUUUUCAUUGCCUACGAUACAGAAACAAAGAAGAAAAUUGCAGUCAAAGACAUUGAUUUAUCUAAACAACCCAGAAAAGAACUUAUUCUGAAUGAAAUCAAAGUUAUGAAAGAGUUUAAUCAUGAAAAUCUCGUUAAUUUUCUAGAUGCAUAUCUUGUUAGGAAUGAUCAUUUGUGGGUGAUCAUGGAGUUACUUGAUGGUGGUCCUCUUACUGAUGUAGUAACAGAGACUGUUAUGAAAGAAGGUCAGAUAGCAGCCGUUUGCAGGGAAGUUCUUAAGGCUGUAAGCUUUCUUCAUGGGAAGGGCAUCAUCCAUCGAGAUAUUAAAUCUGACAACGUUCUUCUAGGAAUGAAUGGUGCAGUAAAAGUCACAGAUUUUGGUUUCUGUGCCAACAUUGUUGGAGAUGAAAAGAGACAAACAUUGGUUGGUACACCAUACUGGAUGGCACCAGAAGUUGUGACAAGAAAGCAGUAUGGUAAGAAAGUUGAUAUAUGGUCCCUUGGUAUUAUGGCUAUUGAAAUGAUUGAAGGAGAGCCACCCUAUUUAAAAGAAACCCCACUUAGAGCAUUGUAUCUGAUAGCAGCGAAUGGAAGGCCAGCUAUACCUCGUUGGGAGAAAUUAUCUCCAGAAUUCAAGGAUUUCUUAGACUGCUGCCUACAAGUAGACGUUGACAAACGUGCCACAGCUGAUGAGCUUCUGAGACAUCCAUUCUUGAGAAACUGCAUGGAACUUACUACAUUAACUCCUCUGAUAAAGGCUGCACAGAAAAUACUAGGAAAAGGCGCAGGCAUUGACUUACUGCACAAAUGAAGAAUGUCCAAUUCCUGGUAUUACAUUCGUCCUCUGCUCAAUGUAAGAUAAACUGCAAUAAUACAAUAAACAGAUCCUUUCAACUGAAUGUUAUCACAAAGUACAACUGUUUUAACCUGAUGUUUGGUAACAGGUGACAUUAUCAUUUAAUGUUGAGAUUUUUUUAAAUCCAGCUUGAAAUGACUUUUAUGUUAACUGAUGUUUUAUUGUUCAUGUAAAUUUCUACAAUUAAUCACAGUUUGUAACAGUAGUGCAUAAGUAUAAUAUAGGACAUCAUUGCUUUCAGUUCAUUGACUGAAUAAACAGACAGUGGAGUAAGGGAAGAAUUUCUCCACACUAUUGUGUGUUUUUUUGUCUUAAAAAAGUGAUGAAUUGAGAAUCAGUAUCAGUUAGUCACAACUGAAAAUAGAUUGAAGUUGUAAUGGGAUAACUGAAUUUGUGACUGUUCUUAUAUAUCUUUAUUCAUAGCGUUAUAACAGAAACUGGAACAAGUAAUGUAUUUUAGAACUUUCCCCAGUCACCAUGUUUUAACAUCCAUUACAUUCAGUGAGAAAGUUGCGCUUCAGUAUUUUGUAUUUUGUGUAAGCCAUUUCAACAUAACUGGCUCAGUAUGUUGUAUAUCUUAAACUUGACUUGUUUUUUAUAUAUGUAUUUAUAGCUGAAAGAUCUCUUGUUUAGAUGAGAAAGAGCAUCUGAAAUGAGAUUGAUAACCAUCAUUACCUUCAAUUCAUGUAACUGCUAUGGACCAGAAUUAAUUUUAACUUAAUUGUAGAUAUUGAUUGGUAUCCGUUUGAACCUCAGUGGUAUUGUCAGCAUCUUUGACUGAUGAGAUCCUUGCCCUGUCAUAACAGCCAACUAUUCAUAGGAGGAAACAACAUAUCAAAUCAAUAAAUACAUCAUGAGGAUAAACUUUUACAAACUUCAACUGUUACUGAGCACAGCCAUAUGCUAGUUUUCUUCACUAGGCGUCAAGAGCAUACGACUUAAAACGAUGACUGAAAUUAGUGCUCAAACUAUUCACUGUUAACAUUCUCACUGUAUGCUUUUAGUAAGAAACUAUUUAAUUACAAUACUGAUUUGAAAAAAUUAAAAUUACACUUUAAUUAUUUGAUGUAUGUUAUAAUUCACUGUUCUACUGUAAGAGAGACUGUAGUGUAUCUUAAAUUAUUGGUAAAGCUUUUGGAACAACACAAUGUAAUAAAAUUGUGGCAUUGAGUAGUGUCUUGCUGUGACAUUGCAUUACAGUGUGCAAAUUUUUAUGCAUGUAACAAAUAUAAGAAGUCUUAUUUUUCUAUAUUAUUUCUAGUUAGGAAUAAAUAUUGAAACAUGUGUAAUGUAUUAAAACUUAACUCGAAGUCAGUCAUGUUUCUAAUUCAGUUAACUUAUCAUGAUUUGAAGUAUUUGAAAUUUUAUGUGACAAAGUGCAUUGCAGGAUGAUGAAAUAAUACAGAUUCUCAGUCAUGUUAAAAUGAAAUGGUAACUGAUUAAUAAUUUACAGCAGCCAGACUAAACAUUUGUGAGAAUUUUAACUGUUGCACUGAGUCUAUUUUAACCACAAUAUAUGGCAACAAAAUUUCUUGUAAUUCUUCCUGUUGAGUGUGUUGCCUGGAAGGGAGUUAUGGUGGUUCAGAAUUUGUAUUCUGGUGCUCCUUCCCAUUGUGCUCCCGGUAUUGGAUUAUGCUGGUAAAACGGCAAGUGGAUGUCCUGCGCUGUCUGUGCAUUGGACAAUCUUUCCACGACGUCACGCAGAUUCGAUAACGCAAUCUGCUCAGUAAGCGGAGCGAAACAAGGCACGCGUCCAACUUCUGGUUUUUGACAUAGGGCAGGGACAAUGACUUCUUUUCCAUCAACUACAUAUCCCAGCGCAUCAAGAAAGAAUUUUAUCAUUGCUGGGUAUGCCACAACCGUAUUUGCUGCAUUACGGUAUUCAUAGUCAAGAAGGAAGCGAUACGCUUCUGCAGGGUACUGGUUUGGAGCUGGAGAGACUCUUACAACUUCUUCCAUCUUCCUUUCAAAUAAUAGUAGAUUUACACGACAAAAUGAAUGUAUAUUACAAUAAUGUGCAUUGCGAAACAUAGAGCACUGCCUGUAGAUUGGUGCUGCGCAAAAUCCCAAUUGCCUUGUAGUCACUGGCAUGGUUACUGCUGUCAAAGUUUCGCCUGAUUCUAUUUUGUUCAGAGCUUCUGAAAGCUCACUCAAUCCAACUCCGAUUUUGUCAGUCUAGGCAUCUGACUGUGUCUUCAUUGUUUCGGCAUCUUUCUUCUUUCUGUAUGUUUCUGACCUAUUCUGAUUCCUUCCUUGGCGACUGUUGUUCUUGCCACCACUGUAGGAUUGUUGUGCUGGUCGGGGUUCUCUGAGCUGAUGCCAGUCCCACGCUCCUUCAUACUGUCCCUCGUGAUCGCGUCUGGCCACCUCACGCACUUUAGCACGGCUGCGUGAACCAUAACCACUCGCCAUGGUAGUAAUACUAUCAGAUGGAAUCCUCUAUCCGCCAGCCGGAAUAUCCAGAGCUUUUCAUUCUCUUUGGCACUCCUUGAGUCAACUAUUAUGAUGGUACUUUUGUCUUGUUCUCACAGAUUUGUACUUGAUAUUCAAUAACAAAGAAACCAUAGCUUCAUUUUAGUAUUUAUAAGUAUUUUUCAAAUAGUAAAGUUGUUUUGAUAAGCUAGUGAAGGGCAAGUGUUUCAUGAGGAUUUGUGUUUAUUUGCAACAAACUCCAUUGAGUAAACACUUACAAUUUCAGUAUAGAGUAUUGCAGUGCUGUACUUAAAAUAUAUUUUAAAUAUAUUCCAUAUGAUGGGACCAAUAUUAUUAUAAAUUAAACUGUAAAUAUAGAUGAAAUCUCAUCCCCCCCCCCCCCUCCUCCAAAUACUUUUUUAAACUAUGGCAUGGCUGUGAUUUUAAACCUAGAAAAAAAAUGUACAUCAGUUUAAGACUGCUUGGUAGGGCUCAAAUCGAAAUUGCUGUGCACUAAAAAUAAAUCACUAAAACAUAUAUAGAUUAUGUGCAGAUUGACAAUGAGAGAUUGCUUCUUUUGGUCAUCAGGUUUGCAAUUAGCUCAUUAAAUACAAAAAGAACGAACACCACUGGAAAAGCUGAGGCAGUUUAAAAAUUUGUUAGCAGAGCUAGUUUGUUACAUUCCGAUUAAAAUAACUUUGUGACUGCUGUUUCAAUGAGUUGAGCAUUUGGGCCAGCUAUCAGCCAAUCACACAUUUUUCUUGGGCUCUUCAUGCUCACUGUGUUGCUUGUUUAAUAAGUAAGUGCAGAAACUAGCCAGCACAGCUGGUUUCGUGGGGAGGUAUGGGAACAGUACGGGGCAUGCGCAAUACAAGCUAGCUACACUGCUUCCCACUAUUGACGUGUUAGUCACAAAGUUAUUUUAUUUGAAUUAUAAGAACUUAAUUUUUGAAUUCAGUAAUGGUCUUAACGACUGCCAGAUAGAAAUAGUUAACGUGUUAAUCAUCCUGCAUGUGCCCUUGUGGACAGUUGUCGUACAACUGUAGGUAAUCCCUGGUAUAAGUCCCAUUUUCCAUGUGUCAUGCAUAUUUCACAAAUGCAAGAGGAAAAAUGCAUUGAUGUAAGUCUUAACCAAUUCAGAGACAAGUGACUUGUCUAAUCUCAGUGCAAAAUUGUUAUAGAUUGAUCAGGAAAUAGUUUGUACAAGAAAAGGGUGAAUAGCGUAGGUGGAUGUUGCAUACAUUUAUGUUAAAAAUGUGUUUUAUAUUACCAGCAGAAAGUGACUAAGAAGACACUGAUCAGGUGUAGCAGUAACUUGUGGAGGGUCAAUUUAAAUUCCUACCUGUAAUUGAAGGGAAAAAGACUCCUGUGUCACUUCUGUUGCCAUUUCCUUUAUUUUCUACUUUUUGUCUCAGUAUGUUCCCAUAUUAGCAUUUAUUACUCUAUCAGCCAGAAAGGUUUAGCUUUCUGUCAGCCCAGUCCACUGCUGUACUUUGCUGAUAACAAGACUGAUACAGUUGCAGAGUAAAGUUUUCACCAUUCCUACUAUAAAUGUGAGUAGAUAAUGACUCGCCAAUAAUUGAAGCUUUUAUCCAUGUCCCCAGGCUGUCAUGUCUCCUUCAAAUAGAUUCUUGUCCUGAAUUGUUAAAAAUGCUUUUAUUCUGUCAUGUACCUGUUUUUUUUUUUUCUAGAUGCCAGAAAUAUGAAACUCCCUGCUCUGUUAGAGAUUUCAAACUUCAAAAAUUUACAUCUUAUUUUAUGCUACUUAUUGUACUUUAAAAAGAAAACUAGAGACUGCAAAUGAAAUGAAAUUUUUGAAGGCUUUAUUACUUUUAUACAGGUAUUUUGUGCUUUUUAAGUAAGAGUAAUACAAACAUUGUGUGGAUAAAAUUACUAGAAAUUAGAUUUUUGAGUGCUAAUUGCUGUUGACAGGUGGUUCUUAUGGAAGUUAAUAUUAUGAAAUUAUGUUUGGUUUCUGUUAAUUCUGAAAGUGGAAUUUGUUUCAGAUUGAAUCAUUAUUGUUCAGUAAAUUAAUUUUGGCAGUGAACCUUUGAGCUGUAUGUAGGGAUGCAUCGUUACUUAACAUUGUGAAUCAUUGUUACUGUUUAUUGAUUCUCACUGCCCUUUACUGAUCAUUAACUGACUAUUGCAAUGCAGCAGUUAGCAUUUUUAUGAUAAGUCUUGAAUUGCCAUUUCUUACAAGAAGUUGUUCUACUCUACUGUACUUUCAUCAGCCUACAGAAUGUAACACUACUGUGCAGAUUGUAGACAGAUUUAAAGUAAAUGGACAAAUGUUUAUUAUUUGGGCAUUAAUUACGCAUCACAUGUAGUGCUUUUGAGUAUCGUGUGUCUGCUUUGUUCUGAAGGUUUGCUCAAAUAUUUUGUUGUAUUAAGUUGUUGUUAUGUAAAUAAAAUGAAAUGACCUGGACCAAAAAUAAAAUGAAAUGACUACUUUUUUUUUACCUUCUGAUACUGUCUGUGUGUAUCAUAAUGUGAAAUAUAUGUAUGAUGUAUA